CAGGCUAGUGGACGCGCGGAGUUGGGCAGAGUGGGGACACACCCUACCUUUUUUUCUUAGGCACAGCUAGCAGUAUAUAACCAUGCUCUUGGCAAUCAAGUACCUUCUUCUACUAGCCAGUGUAGUUCUCCCCGCAACAUGUCAAGAUCCCAUUCGAAUUGUUGCAGUCGCUGAUCUGCAUGGCGAUUAUGACAAUAGUCUUUCAGUUCUGCAGAUGGCCGACGUUGUUAAUGAGAAGGCACAAUGGAUAGGGGGGAACAACACUAUAUUUGUUCAAACGGGCGAUGUCGUCGAUAGAGGAGCUGAUACGAUUAGGCUAUAUGAUAUGCUUCAGCGAAUUCGAAACGAAGCCCACGAAGCUGGUGGCCAGGCUAUUCCUCUGCUUGGUAACCACGAGGUUAUGAAUCUUAUAGGCGACUGGCGAUAUGUGUAUCCUGAGGACGUUGAAACAUUUGGCAGCUUCGAGGCACGAGUCAAGGCAUUUGAAGCUGACGGUUUCAUUGGCAGAUAUCUGACACAACUCAAUAUGACUGCCAUAGUCAACCGAACUGUAUUUUGCCAUGGAGGAAUUCACCCUGCCUUCAUUGACUCUCGAACUGGCUUGGACUGGAUCAAUUCAUACGUGCAUGAGCACCUUCUGGAAUAUAUGGAGUCAAAAGGAAAAUAUGGUGAUGACGAAGGAGUUUUUGGUGGACAUGGACCAACUUGGUAUAGAGGGUACGCCCUAGGACCUGAAGACGAGGAAUGUCCUUUGCUGGAAACAGCCCUAGAGAUGCUAGGUGCUGAUAGGAUGGUAAUGGGACACACCGUACAACGUGACGGAAAGGUACAUUCUCGUUGUGAUGGCAAAGCUAUCCUCAUAGAUGUCGGAAUAUCCCAAGCUUACGGCAGACAUCGGGCUGCGCUCGAAAUUAUUGGCGACAAAGUCGUUGCCAUCAACAAUGGCAAAAGAACGGAGAUCAAGACAACCGGUAAAAAAUGGCCUAGCAAGUUGGCGACCCUUCGAGAAGAAUUGUGAGCCCGCAGUGGGUUGAAGGAUGAGUCAAACGGGAACAUGCUAGAUAUUCUGUUUCAAAUAAAAUUUCCAUAUAUGGCAUAGAAUUUUCGAAGAAA